GAUCGCUCUCUUUCUGUGUCUGCUCUGCUAUCGUCGUGUGUGCCGCUCGUCGAUUGAACAUUUUUCAACCGCCCGUAUCGGCUUCAUAGUCUUUUAGAGGAUUUUCAUCCGUUCGAAUCUUAAAUUUUGAUUGCAAGUCAACUACAAACUAAUCAUGGGUAAAGAAAAGGUACAUAUUAACAUUGUUGUCAUUGGACACGUCGAUUCCGGUAAAUCAACAACAACCGGUCACUUGAUCUACAAAUGUGGUGGUAUCGACAAGCGUACAAUUGAAAAAUUCGAGAAAGAAGCCCAAGAAAUGGGUAAAGGUUCUUUCAAAUACGCAUGGGUAUUGGACAAACUGAAGGCUGAACGUGAACGUGGUAUCACUAUUGAUAUUGCUUUAUGGAAAUUCGAAACUGCCAAAUACUACGUCACAAUCAUUGACGCACCUGGACACAGAGAUUUCAUCAAGAACAUGAUCACUGGUACUUCCCAGGCUGAUUGUGCUGUGCUUAUUGUCGCUGCUGGUACUGGUGAAUUUGAAGCUGGUAUUUCUAAAAAUGGACAAACCCGUGAGCACGCUCUAUUGGCCUUCACUUUGGGUGUGAAACAAUUGAUUGUUGGUGUGAACAAGAUGGACUCCACUGAACCACCAUACAGCGAAGCUCGUUUCGAAGAAAUUAAGAAAGAAGUCAGCAGUUACAUCAAGAAAAUUGGUUACAAUCCAGCUGCUGUAGCUUUCGUUCCCAUCUCUGGAUGGAAUGGAGACAACAUGUUGGAAGUUUCCGACAAGAUGUCAUGGUUCAAAGGAUGGAAUAUUGAACGCAAAGAAGGAAAGGCUGACGGUAAAUGUCUUAUUGAAGCUUUAGACGCUAUCCUACCACCCAGUCGUCCAACUGACAAGGCUCUCCGUCUCCCACUCCAGGACGUCUACAAAAUUGGUGGUAUUGGAACAGUCCCAGUUGGUCGUGUUGAAACUGGUCUUUUGAAACCCGGUAUGGUUGUGGUCUUUGCACCUGCUAACAUCACCACUGAAGUUAAGUCUGUAGAAAUGCACCACGAAGCUUUGGUAGAAGCUGUCCCCGGAGACAACGUUGGUUUCAACGUAAAGAACGUUUCAGUUAAAGAAUUGAGACGUGGUUUCGUUGCUGGAGACACUAAGAACAAUCCACCCAAGGGUGCUGCUGAUUUCACUGCCCAGGUCAUAGUAUUGAACCACCCUGGUCAAAUUUCCAAUGGAUACACUCCAGUGUUGGAUUGCCACACAGCCCAUAUUGCUUGCAAAUUCGCAGAAAUCAAAGAGAAGUGUGACCGUCGUACUGGUAAAACUACUGAAGCUAAUCCAAAGGCCAUCAAAUCUGGAGAUGCUGCCAUCAUUACCUUGGUACCAUCCAAGCCUUUGUGUGUUGAAGCUUUCUCAGAGUUCCCUCCCUUGGGACGUUUUGCUGUACGUGACAUGAGGCAAACUGUUGCUGUUGGUGUCAUCAAGAGUGUUAACUUCAAAGAUCCGUCUGCCGGCAAAGUAACAAAGGCCGCUGAAAAGGCCCAAAAGAAGAAAUGAAUAGGCGUAGCAGUAGCGCACACACGUCCUUCAGUUAGGUCAAACGAAAGUUGGCAUAGGUGUCAGAUACCAUCCCAACUUCUAAUACUAUCCAAAUGGCUGUUACAACCUUGUUUUCAUCGUAAAGAAUUCCGCAGGAAAAAAUCGUGUUGUGCUACUCAAUAUCAUGAUAACUUUGUUUUUUAUUUUUUAUUUUCAAGAAUUUUUAAAUUUUGUUUUAGUUAUGUUUAACUGAGUGAUAGGGAUGACAUAAUUAUAAAAAUAUUUUUUUUUAGUUAAUGUAUUUAUGAUGCAUUAUAAUUUAAAAAAUAUUUUUUAUAAACUUAGUUUAUAUAAUUUGUAUCUUUUACAUUUAUUUUUUUUAACAUGAUUUUAAUUACUGCAUCUAUGACUACAAUCCAUUUGGCCCAACUGAAAGCAUAGCCGCCGUCUAUACCUUGUGUUUACAUUUGUCUAAAAACAUCAACAAAUAAAACACUUCAAAACUAUUUUCUUUCCA